AUGAGUUCAACUACUAGUCUUGACUUCAUUCCUGCGGAGCUUAUCGUCUAUAUAGGCGAUUUCCUGGAACCACCAUCACUGGCCGCCUUUGCCCGUACUGCAAAGCGAUAUUCACAACUUUUGACGCCCCAGCUUUUAUCUCAAUGGCUCCUGUGCGGAUGUGACAUGCGCCGUUGGCUCUCUUGGAAGCACACUAAGCAUUGGGAAUCCCCUCAUAUCAUUGAAUACUUUGAAAAGUCCCCGUCUGAUAUUUAUCGGGCUUACUGUUGUCAAACAUUGCUGCACCGGUUUGCAUUUGGAGGUAAUUUGUGCCUUGUGAAGCUCAUGUUAUCUAGGGGCGCAAACAUCAACGCGCAAGAUAAGCUUGAAAAUACACCUUUACAUUGGGCUGCCAGUGAAGGACAUCUGCGUGUUGUUCAGGCUUUGAUUGAAGCCGGAGCAGAUGCCAAUGUCGAGGACGAGAACGGCCAUACACCACUGGGGAUAGCCAUAGUAUGCAAGAAGUCGGCCGUGGUCCGAUACCUGCUUGACUCAGUCCAAUACGCUCAGGAAGCCAUUCUGAGAGUGUUCAGUGACGAGAUGAUGGAGGAUUGCACAAACUCAGAUAUCCCCAUAAUGAUCUUUCAUGCUCUCAAGGAUUCUGGCUAUGAUUUCAGCUCGACUGACGCUAGCUCUGAGGGAUAUCUCCUUUCAGCCACCUCAAGAGGAAAUAUCACACUUGUGCAGCUUUUGCUCGCUGACGGCUCUGACCCUUUUCAAACGGAUGGGUGGGGGGAAACAGCCUUGUUCAUUGCCUGCUCGCAGGGUAACAUAGAAUUGGCAAGGCUGCUAAUAAGCGCAAUGCAAGCUGCUGGCGGUGACCCCUUCAUAGCAAAUGGAAAUGGUAUGACGCCACUGCUUCAAGUCAUGGAACAUUAUCAUGUGAAUUUGGAUCUCCUCAAACUACUUCUAGACUCCGGAGCAUGUGUAAAUGCUUCGGAUGAGUUUAGGAUCCGAAAAAGCGCACUGAAGGGCCCUAAGAGUGUGUUUGAGCUACUUGUUGACCGUGCACCUUCCUUAUGGACAUCGGACGCAUUAGAAUCAUGCCUCCUGACGUAUUUGUUCGAUUUGGCAGUAUUAUUUGACACAAAUACUGAUUAUUUCAAAGCUACAGCCAGGAUUCUAAAGCUGGCCAUAUCUGGAAGGGUGAAAGUCGAUGUAUCCAGCUCAAAGAACUCCCUAGUCAACCAUACACCACUCUACUUCGCAUGUCAGAUUACGCACGAUCAGAUUCGGGCUUCUGGCAUAAUUCGCUCUUUGCUCGAGGCAGGGGCAGAUGUUGACAUACCAAACGGCAUUGGCCGGACACCUAUUCACAAUAUCCUGAAAACAUCCAGGGACUACCAGGACCGUGAGCUUAUAUUGACGAUGAUCAAAUCCAGCAAAAACAUCAACCAGCUCAACGAGGACGGCGAGAGCUAUCUACAUCUUGCAGUCAAGUAUAACCACCCACGUGCUGUACAGCUGCUGUUGAGCAAAAUGAGCAAGGAUGCCAUGUUUGCUGGUAAUAAUGCCGGCGAUAAUGCUCUGCACUAUGCUAUGGAAACUGGAAAUACCUCUAUGAUUCAGCAGCUUCUCAAAGCAGGGGAGUCACGAAGCGGUUGA